UGGAAAUAAACAUGGAAGGCGGUGGUUCAUGUGAUUGAGAGAAUCAAUGAAAAUAUUCUACAGAAAAUGAUUUAGCUGUUUAAAAACGAUAAAGAUUAAUUAUACUGUGUAACCGAAUCAUCCAAAAUGAAAUAUUCCGUCGAUUUUAACGAAUGUCUCAAGGAUUCGCCGAAAUUUAGGGCCUCGCUGGAAGAUGCCGAAUCUGAUAUUGAAAGUUUAGAGUUAAAAUUAGAAAAGCUGGUCAAGUUAUGUAAUAUAAUGAUGGAUACAGGAAAAGCUUUCAACACUGCCAACAGUGGAUUUAUAAACGGUAUCCGAGAUUUAGCCUCAUAUUUUCACGAUGACAGUCUUGUCUCGGGUGACAAUAAAGUAGCAGCCAGUUUAAGUCGAUUUGCCCAUGCAAUGAAUGAAAUGUUGAAAUAUUUUAGUAUAUUAAUGGACCAAGCUAAUCGCUGUGUUUGUAAAAAUUUAAAUAAUUUUAUUAAAAAUGAUGUACGUAAAGUGAAGGAAGCAAGGAAACAUUUUGAGAAGAUUAGUGAUGAUAUGGACAAUGCCUUAAUAAGGAAUGCAUCUGCUCAGAGAUCUAAGCAACCUGAAUGUGAGGAAGCAUAUAAUGUUUUAACAGCCAUGAAAUCUUGUUUUGCUCACACUUCUCUUGAUUACGUCUUUCAGAUCAAUGUUUUACAGUCGAAGAAAAGAUUUGAAGUAUUAGGAACAAUGUUGUCAUUUAUGCACGCUCAGAAUACAUUUUUUCAUCAAGGUCAUGAUUUAUUUGCUGAUUUAGAAGUUUAUAUGAAAGAUGUCGCAUCCCAGGUGGAUGAAUUAAGUGCUAAAGCAAAAGUAGAAAGGAAGGAAAUGGAAGAACGUCAUACAUUAGUCCAACAAAAGGAAGUAAAAUCAACAACAAAUCAGACAUCAACUGAUGAUGAAGAUAAGAUUGUUGUAACUGAGGGAUACCUGUUUAAACGAACAACUAACGCCUUUCGUACCUGGGUUAGGAGAUGGUUUACAAUAAAAGAGGGUAAAUUGGUUUAUCGUAAAAGAUCAAAAGAUUCUCUGACAAUAAUGGAGGAAGAUCUACGUUUAUGUACCGUUAAACCAGUUCUAGAAACAGAACGUAGAUUUUGUUUUGAAGUUCUCUCUCCAGCUAGGAGUCACACGUUACAAGCUGAAUCUGAAGAUGAAUGUCAGUUAUGGAUGAAUGCUAUAAUAAAUAAUAUAUCCUGGGCUUACAGAGAUCAAACCCGAAACAAUAACCCACCAGAAGAAUCAAGUGAGCCUAGUGUAUUAGAUCCAGCAUCUGGUGUCAGCAUACCUAACACCCAAUCAAAACCUUCACCUAGACCAAGUAAAGCCUUCAUUAGUCAACAGUUGUUACAGAUACCAGGUAAUGAUAAGUGUUGUGAUUGUGGAGCAUCUGAUCCAAGAUGGGCCAGUAUUAAUCUGGGUAUCACACUCUGUAUAGAAUGUUCGGGUAUACACAGGUCAUUUGGUGUUCAUAUGUCUAAAGUACGAUCUAUAACACUUGAUGCCUGGGAUCCAGAACAAACCAAGGUCAUGAUGGAACUAGGAAAUGACAUCAUCAAUAGAGUUUACGCGGCCAAGUUAAAUGACUCGAUAGCCGUUCCAGCAACUCCUGAGAGUAACAGAAAUAUACGAGAAGCGUGGAUUAGAGCAAAAUAUGUGAAAAAAGCCUUCGUCAAUAAAUUACCGGGAGCGAAAUCACCGUCUGGGGAACGGAUACGCAGUUGGAGCGUGAAGAAGAAAAUACGUAAAUCUGUAACAACCACUAAACAAAAUUCCCGAGAGGAUUCUGAGUCUGAAGAUGUCGCUAGUGGUUUGAUGGAGGCUGUCAUGUCGGUGUCGUCGGUGAAUAAAGACAGUGACAGUGGUCUAGGUGGCAGUUCGCCUGACGUCAUUGUCUUUGGCACUGAUAUACAACAAGUGGCUGAAUUCAGUAAAAAUUUAGAUCUUGAUAGUUCCGAGGGUUCUGCCACUGAAGAAGAAGAGGAAGGAGAUGCAAAAUCAACCACGUCGUGGGAAGAUAUGAGUAAACUAGAUCCAAAUAUAUUAUUAUAUAAAGCUGCGGAGGCUAGAAAUCUUGCUGUUAUGUUGGAAGCUUUGACUCAUGGAGCAGAUGUUAAUUGGGCUAAUAAGGACGAUGAGGGGAAGACACCUAUAAUGAAGGCUGUCGAGGCUGGAUCUCUAACAGCCUGUGAAUAUUUGUUGUUGAAUGGUGCAAAGUUAGAUCGUAAAGAUACUACUGGAAAAACACCUUUACAUCAUGCUACCAUACAUGGUCAUACUGGUCAAGUUUGUCAGUUUUUGAAGAGAGGGGCUGAUUUAAAUGCCAAAGAUAAUUCAGGCAAGGAUCCAUUGACUAUAGCUGUUGAAGCUGCUAAUGCUGAUAUUGUUACAUUAUUACGUCUAUCAAAACUAAACGAUGAGAUGAAGGAAACAGAAGGAUAUUUUGGACAGACCAGCGAUGAGACUUUUCAAGAUGUGUUUAAAGAUUUUUCCAAUAUGGCUUCCAAUAAUCCUGAAAAAUUAAAACGGAAAUAGGUAGAUCCAUAAUGAAGAAGAAAAAAAAAAGAAUUUUAUUUUUGAUUACAAUUUGUAAAAAGACCAAUAAUUUUUAUUUUAUUUGUAUAGAAUAGAGUAGAAAAUAUGUCAUGUAUAUUUUCAGAUUCACAGAAUUAUGUCUCAAAACCAUAGUAACCGAUACAUUAUAGGGGAGGGAAUGGGACUUGAUUGAUGAAUGGCGCCAAAACCCUUAAAUGGUGAAAUACACUUUAACUAUAGGGCCAUUAGAAAGGUGAAAUACCUGUACACUUUAUCUAUAGGACUAUUAGAAAGGUGAAAUACAUGUACACUUUAUCUAUAGGACUAUUAGAAAGGUGAAAUAUAUGUACACUUUAACUAUAGGACUAUUAGAAAGUUGAAAUAUAUGUACACUUUAACUAUAGGACUAUUAGAAAGGUGAAAUGCAUGGACACUCUAUCUAUAGGACCAUUAGAUAGGUAAAUACAUGGACACUCUAACUAUAGGACUAUUAGAAAGGUGAAAUACAUGUACACUUUAACUUUUGGACCAUUAGAAAGGUGAAAUACAUGUACACUUUAACUAUAGGACUAUUAGAAAGGUGAAAUACAUGGACACCUUAACUAUAGGACUAUUAGAAAGGUGAAAUACAUGGACACUCUAUCUAUAGGACCAUUAGAAAGGUGAAAUACAUGUACACUUUAACUAUAGGACCAUUAGAAAGGUGAAAUACAUGGACACUUUAACUAUAGGACUAUUAGAAAGGUGACUUUGUGUACAAACUUCUUCUAGUGGAGCCACUUCAUUUAAUUCACGUUAAUUGUCCCACCUUCAUGAAGUUUGAUGUGCAAUUUGCUAAAUAAAGACCAUGUAUUAAUGAAGUAUAUUUAUUGUAUGUUACAGCACAUGUUAUUUUGAUUCAGUUUUCUCCUCUAUUGGAGACAACAGCUAUCAUUGUUUUUGUUGGAAAUUAAAAUCCCUAUAAUGACCAGUGAAUGAUAAGUUCGUGACGGCGUAGGAAGGUCAUCAUACAAGUAUUCUUCAAAUUGUUUAUUUUCUAGUCAAAUUAUUAGUAAGUUUUGAAAUCGUAAGACAAUGUAAGUAAUUGAUUGUGUAUUAUACAUAUAUAUAUCUGUAUUCUGUGUAUCUGGUUAGAAAUAAUAUUUUAUAGAUGAGAACGUGGAUGUUUCAUACGGCCACAUUCUACAUGUUCUGUGCAGGAAAAUGACCAUAAAAAGGUCUUAAUGCUGACAUUGUGGGUCCAAAAAAGGUCUUAAUUCUGACAUCUGGGGCAGGUAUGUUUUCUUAAUUGGGGGAUUGGCUGGCCGAAUGGUUAGUGCAUGCAUGCUGAAUCAUAAGGUCUGCCAUUGAGUCAACUGAUGUGGACUUGAUUCCCCAUUUGUACUUGACAAGGAGUAGGGUUGCCUGUCAACCUACGCAGAAGCGAAUUAAUGAAAUAAACUAGAACCAUAUCUUAGUCCCGAAAUGACCUAGUUUGUGUCGAGUGGACCUUGAACCCCCAUCUCUCUCUCUCUCUAUCUCUCUGUUUUCUUGAAUCUAACAUCUUAGGCCAAAUAAAGGAAACAUUGCAGUAGAAUUAGUAUUUAUCCUUGGAAGAUAAAUUAGCCGACCCUCAUCAAAAGUUGGUUCACACAGUAGAAUACAAGGCCUGUAGAAUGUGGCUGUAUAGAAAUCAUUUUGAUUAGAAUUAACAUUACAGGUUAAUGUCUCUCAUAAUAAUUUGUAAAUAUGAUGUAUUUUAUAUUACAAAUAUUCAAUUACCACUAAAAAAAACUUCACUACUCGCAAAUCUCUGAUUCCUGUUCAUAGAUAAACAGGAAAAUGGAGCAAAGACACAAUGAGCAUGAAAUGAAUCUUUAAGUGGCAUUUAGCGAUCAGAAACACAUUAACAGAACACAGUUUUUAUGGGAUACAAUCAGUGCUUGAUAACGAUAAGAGGAUACUUGUAGAAACGUUGUGCUUUUAGAAUAAAACUAGUGGUUGUAUCCCAUAACAACCGUGUUCUGUUAGAGCAUGAAACCGCUAGAGAAAUGUUUUGAAUGAGAUAAUGAAUGACCCCAAUAUCUCUGUGUACACAAUAAUUAGAUAAUGACCCAAUAUCUCUGUGUACAUAAUAAUGUGAUGGUGACCCAUCAUCCUGUGUACAGAAUGAUGAGAUGGUGACCCAAUAUCUCUGUGUACACAAUGAUGAGAUGGUGACCCCAUAUCUCUGUGUACACAAUAAUGAGAUGAUGACCCAAUAUCUCUGUGUACACAAUAACGAGAUGAUGACCCAAUAUCUCUGUGUACAUAAUAAUAAGAUGAUGACCCUGUAAUUUCAUAUUGAGUGUUUCCCAUAUAUUUGUCCCAUUAACUGCUUAGUUAAAUACCCCAGUUCAUGAUAUAUAUUUAAUUCUUGUUGGUUUUUUUUUUGUUGUUGAUGAUUUUGUUCCAGGACUCUUAAUUUGUACCAUUUGUUGCCAGUCUGAGUUCGUCAGAAAAAAUGCAAGUAAUAACUAUUACUGAUAAGCAGGUUUAAAAACCGAAUCUGUCUUCUCUUUCUGUUAAAAGUUAAAAUCAUGUUUUAUUUCAUAAAAGCAAGACAGAAAUAGAUGCAGAAAAAAAACAGUCCUACCUUUACUUUAAAGUAAUAAUAAAAUAAAACCAAGUACGAACAAUCCAAAUCAUUAGACGGGGGCUUGGAUGGCCGAAUGGUUAGCACGUGCGCUCUGUAUCAUAAGGCCUGUCAUUGAGUCAACUGGCGUGGUUUCGAAUCCCCGGCUGUACGUGACAAGGAUUAGCGUCCCCUGUUCAACCUCGUGGGUUUUCUCUGGGUAACAGGUGUCCGGAAGAGUAAGCUUUAAGUUAUUAAUUUCAAGUAAGAAUAUUGGGUCUGGCAAUAUUUGAAAGUAUAAAAGUAAAGAGUUCUGGUUUUUGUUUUGUUCCAAGUAAUAUAACCUGAUAAAUAGUAGAAGAUAUCAAUGAGUGCUCAAUUAUAUUUACAUUAAUAUUUAUUUAUUUAUAUUAACUCAUUGCAGCCAUACAGUAGAAACAGUUUGAUUAAAUGUGUGCUAUAGGACAUACAGACUGGAUAACCUGAUAUAUAGAUAUCUUUAGACUUGAUUAUCGAGGCAUAAUAUGUUGUCUUAAAUAAAUAAGUCAGGUUUAUUUAUUGAAAUUAAGACCGAACCUGAUGAAUUAAUUUACCCCAUCUUGCUUUUAGAUCCCUUGCACAAAUAUAUUUAUCUGUGAUCUGUUUUAUGAAAAAACGUUUGCUGAUUUAAAGGGAUUAUGUAGUAUUAAGGGAGAUAACCUUGUUUAAAUUGAAUGUGUAUUGGGUAUUAUGAAUUGUAUAUUUUAGCUAUUAGUGUUAAAUUAAACCGAGACCAGGCUGCUUAGUUAUACAGUAUAUUUGUUGAACAAAUUAUGUGAGCUGAUAAUGUCUAAGGGAGUUAACUCUAUUUUGUUGAGUAUUUUAAUUGUAUAUUUGAGCUGUUAGUGUAUAUAAGAACAUGUUCAAUAGAUGUAUUUUAUUUGUGUAUUUAGAUUAGGAUACAGAAGUACAGAAUAAUCUGCUAGCCAUGAGAACUUCUCAGAUAAAUGAGAAGUGUUGUCAGGUGUUCUGGAAAGCAUAAGAAUACCUUAUUUAACAACUAUAGUAUUUGAUGUUGUUAUUGUUAUGCCUACUAUGUUGCCUGUAUAAUAUAUAUUGCUUCCUGUAAACUAGGUCUACAAAGCAUGGCCCAUUCAUCAAAAAAAAUAAAUAUCUUGAAAUGAUUUUAAAGAUACAUUAUGUAAGAUUUAGUAAGAUUUAAAUAAAGAGCUGACCAAAAUA